GCGGAGCUCCAUUUUGAAUCCGACUUUUAGGAGCUGCUGCUGCUUCCGAGCUCUCCGACCAGAGCGCUCGACCGACGACGGCGGCGACGGCGGCGACGACGAGAACAUCGUAUCGGCAUCGAUGACUUAACACAAACGAGGCCCUUCUCUCUCUCUCUCUCUCGCUCGCUCGCUCGCUCGCCCGGGCUCAGAAGAUGGACGGAGGUGGCCGAGCCAAAGCAUCGCCUCCGCAGGCGACGGCGAAGCCGGGCAAGUUCGCGGUGUACCGGAACCCGGCCUUGGCGGCCGCUCUCGCCGCCAACAGUCUCGUGCCCUCGAAGCUCGCCCUCCUCUCCACCUUCUUCUUCUCCUCCGCCACCGCCUUCGCCUUCCUCUCCUUCUCUGCCAGGGAGGAUGGGUUUAUUGACUAUCUGAAGCUAAAAAAUAUGUCGGAGGAGACAGCUUAUUUUCUUGCCAAGAUCCUGCAGACUGCUGUGGCUUUCCUUUUUCUGGGGGCUCUGCUCGCGCUCUUUAAAGCAAUAUCUCUGCAUACAUCAAAAAAUAGAGGAGUGCCAUUAUUAUCUCCCUCUGUUGGAACCAAGGAUCAACCUACUCUUUCAACACGCCAGUUAGCACUUUUGGGGUUAAAGCCGAAGGCCAAUCAGGUUGUGUCUGAACCAUCGAAGAAGCCUCCUAAAUCCAAAGCCCAUUUAACACCUAGUUCGGAGCUUCUCGUCCCACUUCAUCAAACUAUCACCAGUUCAAAUCGUUCAUCUCGAAUUAGCACCGAUAAAUUGAAUUCCAGUGGAGGAAGUAAGGGUAGACCAGUCGGCACCCCAUCCAAAUCGCCAGGUUCUUCUUCUUUAUAUCUUGUGCCUGGAGCUGUCUCACCACUACCUUCCUCUCAACAUUCACCUGGUCCUGAUUCUGUUGUCUCAAGCCCAUGGUUGAGUAGUCGAGCAUCACCUAUGAAGGAUAUCACAUCAGAAGAGAAACUUGAACAGUUUUUGGCAGAAGUUGAUGGGAAGAUCACUGAAUCAGCUGGGAAACUGGCGACUCCACCUCCUACGAUCAAGGGUUUUGGCAUAGCAAGUCCAAACACUGUAGUCAGUUCGGCUAAUAAUUCUGGAACUACAAGGAGCACUCCUCUGAGGCCGGUGAGGAUGUCUCCUGGCUCCCAAAAGUUCAGCACACCUCCCAAGAAAGGAGAGGGUGACCUUCCUCCACCAAUGUCAUUGGAAGAGGCAGUUGAAGCUUUUGAACAUCUCGGUAUUUACCCUGAAAUUGAGCUGUGGCGUGACCGUCUCAGGCAGUGGUUUUCUUCAGUUUUGCUCAUCCCUCUGCUUAAAAAGAUCGAAAGCAGUCACAUUCAGGUGAUGGAAGGUGCAGCGAAGCUCGGAGUUUCGAUCACAGUUAGUCAAGUGGGAGAAGUACGUGCAUCUGGGACUUCUACAGUCUCUCAGAUUGACAGGAGUAAAGAAUGGUUACCUGCAUAUACUCUGGAUGAAGAUGGACUUCUUCACCAGUUACGUGCUACUCUUGUUCAGGCUCUUGAUGCUGCCAUUCCAAAGCAGCCUAUAGCCAAUUUGCAACAACCUCUGCAAAAUCCGAUGAUUCCUCUGAUGCAGGAGUGUGUCGAUGCCAUCACUGAGCAUCAGAGGCUUCAGGCGCUGCUAAAGGGAGAAUUGAUUAAAGGUCUGCUACCCCAGAGCAGUGUUCGUGCGGAUUACGUGGUACAGAGAAUACGAGAGCUCGCUGUGGGAACCUGUGUGAAGAACUAUGAUUUUCUCGGAAGCGGAGAGGUUUAUGAUCAGAUGAAAACGAAAUGGACUACUGAUGUCCCCACCGAUUCUCAUCUGCUCUUGUAUCUAUUCUGUGCAUUCUUGGAGCACCCGAAGUGGAUGCUACAUGUCGAUCCCACAUCCUACACUGGAGCGCAGUCCAGCAAGAAUCCCCUGUUUUUGGGAGUUUUACCUCCAAAAGAGAGGUUUCCAGAGAAGUAUGUUGCUGCCGUAUCGGCUGUCCCUUCUGUUCUUCACCCAGGAGCUUGUAUCCUGGUUGUAGGAAAACAAAGUCCUCCUGUGUUUGCCUUGUAUUGGGAUAAGAAGCUGCAAUUCUCUCUUCAGGGAAGGACCGCAAUGUGGGAUUCUAUCUUGCUCCUAUGCCACCGGAUAAAUGUCGGGUAUGGAGGCAUAGUCCGUGGCAUGCAUCUGCGUUCGUCGGCCCUGCGCCUUCUCCCUGUUUUCGACACGGAUAAUGAGAACUGAGACCUUGUUUUGGGAACCAGCAGAGAAACAGGUCUGCAAACGCAUCGGCAUCAUGCCAGGAUCACACAUCCGAGUCAGAGCUCGCCGGCCUUCAGAAAUCGAUUGUUGUGAAAGAGCCACCACAUUUGCAGUUUAGGUCCGACGGUAUCGGCAGUUGUCCUUAGACGUUUCCUCCCAGGAGAGUCCAUCAAUUGCUAAUUGGAUUACCUCCCGCUGUAGGGUAUUGUAAUUUAGGAUGCUAACAACUCGGUCUAACUUUCGGGCGAUGUUUCCUCGCUGCUUUGGUUAGAACUUCGAAACCUUCAUUAGUUAUCAAAACUUUUGGGCAGUGUUUUCUUGAACACGAUGUCAGUAUUACAUCAAUGUUCUGGUCCUACAUACCUUUAUGGUAUCUCAACCGUAUAAUUUUUAUUAA